AUGCGAUCCGGUACUCUUGCUCUACGCGCCAGCAUCACGCUGGCAUCACAUCUCCACCCGGCGCACUUCAAUGCCAUCCGAAUAGGACGGUGCGGGGUCCUCAAGUAUAGCGUCUCUGCCUUUUCAAGCAUUGGGAGUUUAGCAGGGCCUCCAAAGUCACCAUCACCAUCACCGGACCGGAAAAGCAACAUAUACUACACGCCAGUAGAAGCAGCUGAUUCAAAACGCGGUCUGUCGAGAAAAGAACGCYAGGAUCUCAGAGCCGAGGCUUAUCGGCCACCAAUGACCCUUGCAGACAAGCAGGCCGAACAAGAUCUCCGCCGUUCUGCCCGACCCGUCGAUGUUCUACGCCGAUGCAUCGACGACGGGAACGCUUCACCACAUGUUGUGCGUCUCUGUCUGGAAGCGCAAUGGUCGGCACAGGCAUCUAUCCCGCGACAGCGUCGCGAACGGAUUCUCGCCGCACAGCGGAAGGAUGGUCUCGCCCAGCUGAUCUUGAUGCAAAUGUUGAACGACUUUCCCCAAUGGAUCUCUUUCCUUGGAUGGGAAGUCAGCGCAGUUGGCCAUCUCUGCUACUUCGCGGCCGUCGAAGGGUUGGAAGCAUAUAUGCUGGACUUGCUGUUUGUCACCACCUCGGAGUCUACAAUUCACUGGCGUACAGGUCUCUUCCAGGGAAUGAUCGCCGCAGAGCACAUGCUCGACACUCGUGGUUCCGCUAACAGACUCCUGGAAAUCUUCUUCAAGGUUACGGAUACGAUCGCUGAUAAGCGAAAAGAGCGCGCGCUUCACCCGACCAAUGGCGAGAAUCACGCCUCCUGUGGGAUCCUCACCAUGGACACGGAACCUGCCCUUCUACGGACAUUCAGUUGUUUAACGGAUCGCGGAUCGUUGUUCGGUACACAUCGGACAUCUCCCGCCCUAUACGAUCGAUUCAUGGACCACUAUCAGCAAGCCAUGUCAAAAAGGCUGAACCACCGAGAAGCCAAAUGGGGUUUGUCUCGUGCUUUGCUAUUUCAUCCAGUCUCUUUAGAUGCAGGUCCAGCACUUGAUCUUCUCCGAGACUAUGCCUACCUUGGGCCCGAUGUUUUCACGAGCCAGCGCGCUUGGGUUCAUGAUAGUCUCGACUCGAUAGUGGCAAGCUUCAUAAGACGAACUGCAGAAGUGGCAGAAGCGAGCGGCAACUGGGAAGCUGCCGUCUGGGUCUUCAAGACCUUUGAAAAACAGUUUUUGACGGUUAAGCCAAUGGACAUGCGACAUGCCAGAGGCCAGGUCAGAUCGCUUGGUGUGCCUCCGACGCCAAUACAGCAGCGGCUCUUCACUGCUGCCACCCGAGUGGGCGGUCUCCUCGAGAAACCCCGCCCAGAGACUGUGCAAGUGGACAUUCAGCUCCGCUGA